AUGUCGUUGGAUCAGUGUCAGGGUCGAGUUUAUUUGAGUUCUGAUAGUAUCUCAAACUCAGAUUUGACAUCAAAUGGCUUAGCUGAGAUACAUUCUGUUGAAUUUUUGAAUAAGUUGAAGUGUUCAGUGUUUCUCUCAGUAAAAGUGUAUGGUUUGAGCUUCAAUGAGGAUAGCACUAUGCCGAAGCAGAUUCAUGAGAUAAAGGAUUUUCUUCUGACAGCUAGAAGGCCGGAUGCACGUUCCGUGAGGAUCAAGAGGAGUAAAGAAGUGGUUAAGUUCGAGGUUAGGUGCUCAAAGUACCUAUACACCCUUUGCGUGUUUGAUCUCGAGAAGGCUGAGAAAUUGAAGCAGUCCCUUCCACCCGGUUUGAGUGUGCAAGACCUGUGA